AACGGAUUUAUGGCUUAUUGUGCACGCGAUUGCUUCGCAAAAAAAAAACUUGUCCCCUCCUCAGCAAAGACCCUCUCGGUAGCCUUCAUUUUGGUAACGACCCGGGACACGACAAACAACGAUCAAGAUGCCUCCUAAGACUGGUAAGAAGGUGGCGGCGGCCCCUUUCUCUUCGGGAAAGGCCAGCAAGAAGACCCCCAAGAACCCUCUUCUUGAGAAGCGCAGCCGCAACUUCGGCAUUGGCCAGGAUAUCCAGCCCAGGCGCAACCUGUCGCGCAUGGUCAAGUGGCCCGAGUAUGUCCGUCUCCAGCGCCAGAAGAAGAUCCUCAGCCUCCGCCUGAAGGUCCCGCCGGCGCUCGCCCAGUUCCAGCACGUCUUGGACAAGAACACGGCCGCCCAGGCCUUCAAGCUCCUCAACAAGUACCGCCCCGAGACCAAGGCCGAGAAGAAGGAGCGUCUGCUCAAGGAGGCCACCGCCGUCAAGGAGGGCAAGAAGAAGGAGGACGUCAGCAAGAAGCCCUACACUGCCAAAUACGGCCUGAACCACGUUGUCGGCCUGAUUGAGAACAAGAAGGCCUCGCUGGUGCUGAUCCCCAACGAUGUCGACCCCGUCGAGCUCGUCGUUUUCCUGCCUGCUCUCUGCCGCAAGAUGGGUGUCCCGUACGCCAUCAUCAAGGGCAAGGCCAGGCUCGGCACUGUCGUCCACAAGAAGACUGCUGCCGUCCUCGCCAUGACUGAGGUCAGGUCUGAGGACAAGAGCGAGCUGUCCAAGCUCAUCUCUGCCAUCAAGGAGGGUUACCUGGAGAAGUCGGAGGAGUCGCGCAAGAGGUGGGGUGGUGGCAUCAUGGGCUUCAAGGCCCAGCAGCGCACCGAGAAGAAGAGGAAGGCGCUCGAGUCAGCCAUCAAGGUUUAAAGCGGCAGCUUGUGAUGAUUGAUUAUUGGGCUUCUGGAACGGCGUGGGGGUUUCCAUUUGCAUUUCGACGGCGUCCUGGACUGGCACAAAAGGUUAUUGCGCAAUGGUACUUUGAACACUUGCUUGCUGCCCGCGCCGUCUCCGGGCCCUCAGUUCUGUCUGAGAGAGUUAUUGCUCUUUUUCUCACUUGGUUGCCGCAAUGUGACACCGCCCGCUCGAGCCCCUGUGGCUUGGCCCGGCAGGCCGUAGCACUGAAUCUUGUCCGGGGAAUGGUAUCAAACAAUGCCAAGAGCAAGCCUCCCAAGCGCAGGAGACGGGGAGGACGGGGGCGAAUGGCGGGCCGCGACGGUUUGCGUGGGCACUUGUAUGGAUUGGUUAUCAGAGCCGUCGUCGGAUGUGCAACACAAGUGAAAGAUCGUCCCGCGUGGAGCGUAGUAAGAUGAGCAUGUGGCAGUCGAAUGCAAAAUGCUAAUACGAUCGUCGGUUCCUUGGGAAGACCUCGACAGGCGGGCAAGCAUGAGUGUCCUCGGUUGACCAGGGCAGUUGAUGAUCCAGCCAGACAUCCCCAGAUCAGAACCCAUAAUUACAUAUCUACAGCUCGACAUCUCAUUUGGCGAUGGGGAUGUUU